GAACCGACACAGAGCAAGCAGUCAGCAGGUCGUGUCUUGUGUCUUCUCGAUCGGUGGCUUUCAGUGUUGGUGUUGACAAUACGACCAGAGAGCCAGCGAUUUCUCGCUCAAUCCGUCGCUGAAUCUUGUCGAAAUAAACGUAACAUCGACCCAAGAUGUUGCGAAUCUGUACUGGGCGACAGGUCUUCGUUCGGGCGACAUGCGGUCGUGCGAGCGCCGUGGUCGUACUGAACACACGAGAAAGCUCGACAGACAACAACCCGUACAUGAAGCUCGCCCUCGGCAAAGUAGAGCGGAAACCAUUCAUCAAGGACUUGUUCGUCGGCAACUUCGACAAACGCUUCUUGACCUUUCCGGAAAUCCUCGAUGAGGAUCAGGUGGAUUCCGUGGAGACAAUGCACGAUACUGUACUGAAGUUCUUCACCGAGAAAGUCGAUUCCAAUAAGCUCGAUGAAACCGAAGUCAUCCCCGAUGAUGUCAUGAGCGGCUUGCGGGAGUUGGGGCUCUUCGGACAGCAAGUAGAGACAGAAUACGGCGGGCUCGGUCUCACGGCGACCGAGUAUGUAAGAUUGAACGAAGCCAUCGGACUCGACGGAGCACUCACCACCACUCUCAUGGCGCAUAACUCGAUAGGAAUUAAAGGAAUCAUCAUGUACGGGACGCCAGAGCAGAAGCAGAAAUAUUUGCCACGCAUCGCGUCUGGAGAGUGGGUCGCGUCAUUCGCCCUCACCGAGCCCAACAGCGGGUCCGACGCUGCCUCUAUCAGCACUUCGGUUCGACUGAGUCCCGAUGGAAAACACUAUAUCCUGAAUGGACAAAAGCUCUACAUCACGAACGGUGGCUUCGCGGACGUCAUGACGGUCUUCGCUCGGAACGAAACUCUCUCAGAGAAACUUGGUAAAAAUAAAAUCACGGCUUUCAUCGUGGAGAAGUCGUUUCCCGGAAUCUCUACCGGGAAGCCCGAGUCCAAACUCGGCAUCAAAGCUUCAAAUACGGUGCCUGUGUACUUCGAAAAUGUCAAGGUCCCCAUCGAGAACGUACUCCAUAAGCCGGAAGACGGUUUCAAAGUCGCUGUGAAUAUCCUAAACACCGGAAGAUUUGGUAUGGGUGGCGCGCUUGCCGGGGCUGCGAGACACGGUCUCAACCAGACGAUCCAGUUCGUGAAGCAGCGGGUGCAGUUCAAGAGGAGCAUUUCGGAAUUCGAAUUGGUGCAGAAGAAACUCGCUCAAGUCGCCUGUGAUAUUUACGCUUGUGAAAGCAUGGCCUACUUGACGUGUGCGAUCGUCGACAACGUGAAGGACGCCGACUAUCCCCUGGAGGCGGCCUGCGUCAAAAUCUUUGCUUCCGAAGCAUCGCUGCGUAUCGCCUCCGAGCUCGUUCAGCUCCAUGGAGGCGCUGGGUUCCUGAAGAGCCUCCCCUACGAAAGGGCGUUCAGGGACUGUCGGAUCUGCAUGAUCUUUGAAGGGACCAAUGAAAUCCUCCGAAUGCUCAUCGCGCUUGUGGGCGUGCAGCAUGCAGGAGGUCAUCUUAAAGAAAUGAUGAAGAAAUGGGGCAGCCCGCUCACGAAUCCAGGAGCCGCUCUCGGGAAAGCCUAUGAUCGGUAUUGCGACAAGAAGGACAAGCCGGUUCUUCGAUUCGGACUUCAGUCGGCGGUGCACCCGUCGCUGGCGGCAGAAGCUCGAACUUUGGAGUAUUCUGCCAAGAGACUUCAGUACGUCGUGGAACUCGCGCUACAGAAACACGGGAAGAACAUCAUCGAACAGCAGAUGUUGCUCGAAAGAAUAGCAGACGUUGUAAUUGACAUUUUCGCGAUGACUGCUGUUCUGGGUCGGGCUUCCAGAGCUCACCGAGUGGGGACUGAGACAGCCGCCCACGAAACCAUGCUCGCUCAGGGCUUCUGUUACGACAGCAGUAAUCGUAUCAAGCAUAACGUGGACGAGAUCUUGAAGGGCGACGCAGAUAAUUCAGAGCGAUACCGGAACAUCGCUAAGACGAUGUGUGCAAAGGAAAACUACGGCGCGACUCAUCCCUUGCUCAAGGCGUUGACUAACUAGUCGAGAAAUGAGGAGUAAGUGAAGAUAACUCAAGGUUCGACAUGUAAAUAGAUUUUAAGGCGCACGAUUGAUGUCGACGAACAACAAUCAACUCAAAGGUGGACAUUUCUGAAUAAAAUAUUUCAGCUCAUAAAGAGAACUUCGAGUUCAUUCAACCCUAACGUGGAGUUUUCAAUCCGAUGCUCCUAGACGACAUCACUCAUCGUCAUCUAGGUUCUUCAGAAUGAGGCAUCGGGCGGUAUUGAUCAUUAUCAAGGCUCCAUCACAAUUGGUGAUAGAGAAUGCCGCUCAGAAAUAUAACUAUAGUUAUCUGGAAGGAGUUGACUUAAAAGAUCGA